UGGUUGUCUGCUUGUAUGAACUUGAAAUAGACAGCGGGUCAUUUUUUGUUGCUUCGCCUCCUUUCUCGACACCAUAUUGUCUUGCUUCUUAUUGCUGAUGAUGAGAACGUUAACUUAUUGCGUAUGCGUGCAUGCGAGCCAAGCAUGUCUGUCAUUCACGGUCAGCCUAAAGAAUGCGGGAAUCUUUCCUAUGCUUUACUUCAUUUCAGUAUUAUAGGGAUACCUGUGUUACAUCAAUUGGUAUUUACAUGUAUUUAGCAUUACUGUUUACUUGUGUAAUAAAUACACAUCUAAUAAAUCUUCAUUUCUAUCUUCGGGCCUCCCCCUUUUUUUCCUCUUUUUCUUUCUCGUUUCGUGCCAUUGUUGUUGUUAUUGUUCUUCCGCACAUCUUAGGUACCUUAAAUCAAGGAGCCCCUCGUAUGUAUGAGGUAUACGAGGUCUAGUAUAACCUCGAUAAACCCGGGAACGGGGUAUGGUAUUAUUAAGCUACCCAGACGCUGCUACACCUUGGACCUUGGUGAGAAAAGGUCG